AUGACGACCCACACGAUGAUGACACACACGAUAACGACCCACACGAUGAUGACCCACACGAUGAUGACCCAUACGACGACGACCCACACGAUGACGACCCACACGAUGAAGACCAACACGAUAACGACCCACACGAUGACGUACACCACGAUGAUGACCCACACGAUGACGACCCACACGAUAACGACCCCUAAGAUGACAACCCACACGAUGACGACCCACACGAUGACAACCCACACGAUGACGACCCACACGAAGACAGCCCACACGAUGACGACCCACACGAUAACGACCCCUACGAUGACAACCCACACGAUGACGACCCCUACGAUGACAACCCACACGAUGACGACCCCUACGAUGACAACCCACACAAUGAAGAACCUCACGAUGACGAUCCACACGAUGACGACCAACACGAUGACGACCAACACGAUUUUAUUUAAAUCUGAUUACUUCAAAUGA